AUGCAAAUCUUCAUAAAGUCUUCCUCUGAAGCUAAACGAGCAUUUGUAGUCGAAGCGUCGACCAGUGUUUGCGAGCUCAAAGCCAAGAUUGACGAGCAAAUGAAGAUCCCCGCUUCCUCUCAGCGUCUUAUAUUCUCCGGAAGAGUAUUGAAAGAUUCAGACACUCUUGGUUCGAUUGGCGUAGCCGAGGAUGCCACCAUUCACCUUGUAAAAAGUAUCCCUACAUCAGGUGCUUCUACGUCGUCUCAAACAGCUGCGCAGAUUCCAGCUUCCUCACAACCAACUUCUUUGGCAAUAGCUCCAAAUCCUGGAGCCCCAUCCUUUCCUGGAAUGUUUGGAUCCGAAUUUAUGGGCGGAGCAGGAGACUUUUCAUCUGCAGCCUCUUCGUUGAAUCCUGCAAUAAUGCAAGCAAUGCUAUCCAAUCCAGAGCUUCUGCGCCAAACAACCCAGCUACUUGCAUCUAACCCGGAUCUCCUGAACAUGGCAAUGCGAGGCCAACAACCGGGUGGUGUCCCAUCCACUGCCCAAAGCGCCGGGAGCCCGGCGUUCGCCGCCCCAAUGCUCUCUUCGCCGGCACUUCCUCCUCCCGAAGAGCGAUUCCAAGUGCAGCUCGCCCAGCUUGCUGAUAUGGGAUUCCACGAUGCAUCAAUGAAUAUACGAGCACUUUUGGCUACCGGUGGUCACGUGGAGGCAGCAAUUGAAUUUAUAUUAUCCCAGCCAAAAUAA